AUGCAUUCGACCGCCGCUGUUACUCGCGCCAAGCACGACACGCCCGUCGUGACACACUCAAAGACGGGGACCGCAACACGGGUGCACCACUUAUCGAGUCCCCCCAGUAAUGGCGAUGAGGUUCUCUCCUCGCUGUGCUUCCUGCAGCGGAUGGCGGGUGUGUUCGAGCAGCAAGGCAACUACGCCGAGUGUGUCAAAAGCGUCGAGUCAGCGCUGCUACUGCGGCAGGCGAACACGGCAGCUGUAGGCAACGCCUUGGCAGAGCGACGGCGUGCACUAGAGGAUCGAGCAUCCCGGCGCCGCACUGCAAAGAUGCGGCGUGGCGCACCGAGCACCGGCGAAAUAGACGACGACUACGUGCCACUCACAGACGAUGGGGACGUGGCUCUGCCCAUGAACAUCUGCCUGCAGGCACAAGAGCUGGUACUGCGGUGCAACAGCUAUGCCGUCGAGGCCCUCCAGCACGCCAAGUACGAUGGCGCGGCGUUCUUCCUCAACCGCGCCAUGUUCCUCACCGACGAUGACGAGGACGCGCAGCAAGAAGAUUCAACGACGGAUGGCGCAGGGGGUGGCGUCAAGAGUAGUAGUGGCGGCACCGUCUCUGGACAGUGGUGGUGGGGUGCAGUGUUGCAGUCAUCUGCGCCGCAGCCCGAGUCCCAGCCAGCGAUGGCAAUGGCUGACUCCCUUGACCUCGACGCGCUGACGAACACGCAAGACGAGGCAAAGCACGAUACGGCAGCCACGGCGGCCGCGUUUCGCGCGUGCUUUGGACCGACGCCGCACGAUCAGCAGCUGCGCCUGUCCCUCCGCGUGGUCACACUGAACCACCUCGGCUGUCUAGAACAACGCCGCGGGCGACCCCGCGCCGCUGUGGUGUUUCUGCGCAUGGCGAUACAGACACAGGCCCAGCUUGACGAAAGCCGUCGAGUUGACGGCGACGCCUUUGCCCAAGCCUCGCCGAAGGCGAGGCGUUGCCACCUCAGCUGCAACAGCAGCGGCACGGAAGGUACCGCCUCGACUUACCUGAAUCUGUGCACGGUGCUGAACGAGCUGGGGCAGCACGCGGAGGCGGCGCAGGUAUGCGAGCGAGUGAUCCCGCUGCUGCAGCAGGCACUUCUGGAGUGCACCAGUGCCCACACGGCGACGACAGCGGAAAACGAAGCGGAUCCGCGCACGCAGCAGCAACGCCGGCAGGAUGCUAAGGAUGCGCCGUCCCGCACUGCCACAAUGCUCGCAGUGGCGUUCUACAGCUUUGGUGCCUCACUGGAGCGGCGCGACGCUGCUAGCGGCAACGUUAAUGCCCAGCGGUGGGCCUUCCAAGAAGCCAUCCAGGUGUGUCACCGCUACGGCCUCGUACCAGCAUACUGCCGCACGAUUGAGCAGGUGAUGCAGGCACUCCGGCACCCGGGCGCGGUCACCGCUCCCGCGGAGGAGGGAGCGUGCACAGCCGCGCCGAGUGCGGCGGCGGGCAUGUGCGGUGGUGAAGUCAGGUGGGCGACAAAAGGAAGGCUCAGUGCGCCGCCAUUCACCGGUUCUUCGGCAGCAAAAGCCCCUGCCAGCGCCAAGGGCCGCAGCGGUGUCGGUGUUGCAGCUUCGCGACCUCUGCCGCCGCCGAUGGACCUCUCGUCUUGGGAGGCGUCGUCGGCCGUGACGCCGAUGGCGGACAUACUGCAGUUCGGCACACCCGCCGAGUGCGAGGCGCCGCUCCAGUGCCCACUGUUGCAACCUGGGCAGACGGGGCCCAAGCGACUCUCUCUACCCCCUACAUCAAGCACAGCUUCUCAUACUGCCUCACUGCCAGCGCCGCUGCAGCCACCGGCGUCAUCGGCGUUGCCUCGGCGCAGCGACCACGGCUCGCCACUCCCCCCGCAGCUGCCACCUCUGGCAGCGUCGUACCCCGGUGGCCAACAGAACGCGUGGCACGCGCCUCACGAAGCUCCGGCGCGACAAUCACAACCUUCAGUGCUCGAACCGCUCACGAUCAGCGACAGGAAAAGCAGCGGCAUGAAGCUGGCAGCUACCGCGCCGCCAGCCCUCCCUCUGCGACCGCCGAUGGCACCCCCUUCGACGUCAACCUUUCCACCGACACAGUGGCGCGGUGUGCCCCUCGCAGCCGCGAGCGGUUCUGUGUCGACCACCUCGAUGGCCUCCGGCCUUGCCAAUCCCCGCACCGGCAUUGCCGCCUCGCUGCCCGCAGCCCUGCCGCUCAGUAGCCUGCGCACUUCCAUCGCCAGCCUCACCGCAGGAGCUGUCAAUGCCUCUUCUCGGUUUACGCCGAACCUGCCACGCGGCGAUCGGCUGCAAGCCGCGGUGAGCGACCGUCAGCGGACGCUGAAGAACACAAGGAAGCAGCAGUCAAAACUGCAGAAGAGCCUGGAGCGGCGGCAGCAGCUCGAGACUGCCGUGGCCGACGCCGCGCUAGCCGAGACAGUCUUCCAAGAGCUGAUCACCGAGAAGGCUAGGAUGGAAGUCGAGCGGUGCCGUCGCGCCGCCGCGCAGAUUCAACGCAUUUGGCGUGGUGUGCUGGCGCGGACGUGGGUGGCGAUGCUGAUAGCCGCCGCUGUGCGACUCCAGCGCGUGGUGCGCCGCUUUCUCGUGCGUGUCCGCGUGCAGCGCGCCCGCGAGGCGGAGGAACGUGCCCGUCAGCAAGUGGAGGAGUUGGCGCGGCAGGAGGCUGCGUGUCGCGUCUUGCAAGCGCGGGUGCGCCAGUUUCUCCGCCGGCUGCAGAUUCGCCGCGGGUACCGCGCAAACCAGGCGCGGCACUAUUACGCAGCCCGCACUAUCCAGCGCGGCUACCGCGCCUUCUGCGAGAGGCGUGCUGCCUUCCUCGCGGCCAGAGCAGAGGCGAACCGAAGGAAGGAUGAGCAGUGGCAGUUCCGCCAAAAGGUGGCUGCCAGGCGCAUCCAAAGUGCCUACUUGGAGUACCGCACAAAGCUGGCGGAGCUCGACGAGCACCGCGCGCGCCAGUGCCGCGUACGGGCUGCCGUCCACAUUCAGGCCGUCGUUCGCGGCUACCUCACUCGCGCGUGGUAUGCCUACUACCGCGUGUACCGCCGUGACCAGGAGGUACGCUCGGCCGCGAUGCAGAGCAAGCUGGUGGUGAUCCAGAGUGCCUGCCGUACCAUCUGCUCCACCUACUACGGUCAGCAGCGCGCCUUGCAUGCUUUCUUCGCCAUGCGGGAGGCGCGCCAACAUCGGGCGGCAACACAGCUACAGAGUCUCUGGCGGUGCCACGUCGCCAAGAUCCGUCGCGCGCGUCUGCAGGCGGAGCAUGACUGUCUCGUGCGCCACACAGUCCGCAUCCAACGCUGGUACCGCAUGAGGGUGCUGCGGCAUGCGUUCCUGGUGUACAGGGCGGAGCAGCGGUGCAUCCGCGCAGCAUCACGCGUGCAGCGCUGGUUACGUGAGUGCUGGCAGGCAGUAAAAGCACGCGAGUUUGCCGCCUACCACGCCGAACUUCUGCGUCAGCAGCAGCAUAAGCGGCUUCAGGCUCGCGCCAUCGUUGUCCUGCAGGCGUGCUGCACAGCGUGCCUCAGCGACCGACUUGUGGCGAGUGUCCGCCGCAUGUACCAGCGCCACGAUACAGUCGUGCGAGUGUGGCAGCGGGUCGGCCGCGGUUUUGCGGCGCGACGCGAGAUGGCACUGGAGCGGCGUGUCGCAUACUGUGUCGCGGUGAAAGAGCGCGAGAUGGCGCGGCGCACAGCCGCUGCGUGCGUGUUGCAGCACGCAUGGCGCUGUGCCGCGGCAAAGGACAAGGUCCAGCGCAUGCGCCGCGAAGUGGCCGCCGCUGACGUCAUCACGCGCGCGUACCGCGUGUAUAGAGCACGGAGGCAGCUUGCUGAUCUGCGCAGCGCGCGUCAGUUACGCCUGGAGGACGCCGCUGCCCGCCGCAUCCAACGUGCUGUCGCUGACUUCCUGCGUCGUCAGCGCGCCAAGGAGACGGAGGCCUACUACCGUGGCGAGCACCGGAAGAAGAUGCAUCGCCUGCGCAGGCAGGAGGCAGCCAUCCUAAUCCAGUCGGUCUGGCGUGGGUACGUCACGCGCAAGGCAGUGGAGCUGGACCGAGAGGAGUUGCAAGCCUUUUCCGCCGCCGCGAUGCGCAUCCAACGCGCGUGGCACUCGCAACGCUCGCGGCGGCAGCUGGACCGCGAGUUGAACCAGCGCAUCAAGGAGCGUGCCCGUGAUGCGGAGGCGGCGCUGGUGGUGCAGUGCUUCUGGCGCAAGAUUAUGGCGGGGCGGCGCGCGGCGCACCUGCGCGUCGUGACGCAGCAGCGCCUCGUGGCGGCAGUGCGUAUUCAGAUGUGGUGGCGCGUGCAGCUCGCCCAGCGCGAGUUCGCGCGGCGUCGCAUCCUCCGCCGCGAGGAGGCCGCGCUCGAGCUGUACUACGCCAUGCUGUGGGAAGCGCACGUGUCACUGGUGAACUCUUUCGUGCGCACGCGGCAGGCGCAGGCGCUCUCGCGCGAUCGCCGUCGCGACUGCCUCGUCGGGCAGCUGACGGAGGCGGAGCGCCACCGCUUCACAAAUCAACACGCCGCCUCCACAAAGAUCCAGGCACUCUACCGCGGCCACUACGAGCGCGUUUACGUGCGCGGGCUUGUAGCUCAGGCUCGCGAGGAGGCGCGGCGGACGGCGGAGCUGGCGGCGCGACAGCAGCGUGCUGCUAUAGUUAUUCAGUGCGCGUACCGCUGCGCAAGGUCGCGGCAGCAGCUCGCCGACUUGAAGCAAGCCGAGCUGGAGCGGGUGCUUGUGAGUCACCAAGAGUUUGCGGAGAAGGCGGACCCGGCCGAGGUGGUGAGGGAGCUCUUCUGGCUCAACACGACGUACCAGCAACGCGAGGCUUGCAAUGCGCGCCGUCACGAGGCAGAGCGGAAGCGUGUCGCGGCCGCGUCAAUCCAGCGCGCCUAUCGCUGCUACAAGUCCCGUCACCAUGUUUCGACAGCCGUGGACCUGCACCGGCGCGAUCGGGCCGCGCGGCUUGUGCAAAACUGCUGGCGGCACCACAGCGAUGUUCACCGUAUCAAGAAGCUCCAGCGGAGACAGGCGGCAGCUACGCGUCUGCAGUGCCACAUUCGUGGCUGGCUGGUGCGGCGAAGCUGGCCCCUGUGGCGCGCCGCUGUGGAGGCGGAGCGGCAGGAGCACGUUCUUCUGCAAGACAUGCUGGACCAUGCCGCGAUCAUCAUCCAAAGUUUUUGGCGGCGUGUGCAGGCGCAGCGGACGGCGGCGCAGUUGCGGAAGGCUCACCAGGAGCGGCACCACUUGCUUGCGCGGCAAGAGGCCGCGAUGGUCAUCCAAGACACGUUCCGCCAACACCAGUGCCGGCGCAUGGAACGUACGCCACGAGGCAGACCAUAG